CAACUCCUAUUCCCGCCUCCCGGUGUUCCUGUCCAAUGGGAGCUCUGAACUACAGGACACGUACCAGGAACUACAACUCCCGGCAUCCUCCUCGUCUAGGGAGGAAGUACGUGUCCGUGGGGAUCUGUGUCCGGGUAUCAUGGAGAGUCCAGCAGUUACAUUCACAUUAGCCUAUGUUGUGUUUGCUGUGUGCUUCGUCUUCACCCCCAAUGAGUUCCACUCGGCCGGGAUCACUGUGCAGAACCUGCUGUCCGGCUGGCUGGGGAGUGAGGACCUGUCCUUCAUCCAUUACCACAUCAGGAGGACCACGGCCACUGUGCUGGUCCACUCCCUGCUGCCAUUGGGUUAUUACAUAGGGAUGUGUUUUGCGGCCCCGGAAAAGCAGCUCUAUUACUUCUACAUGGCCAGUGAAGGCUGGAAGGCGUUUGCUUUGAUGGCGGUUGCCCUUCCCACCCUGACCAGCCUCCUGGCUCUGCACUGGUCACAGAAGAGAUGGAGCAAUCACCCCCUGGCCAGGACCCUGGCACAUCACGCCCUGCCCCAGUCCGGCUGGAGAGUCGUGGCCUCUUCCAUCAACACUGAAUUCCGGAGGAUUGAUAAGUUUGCCACAGGGGUGCCCGGAGCCCGGGUGAUUGUGACCGACACCUGGGUGAUGAAGGUGACCACCUACAGGGUGUACAUAGCCCAGCAACAAGAUAUUCAUCUUACCGUGACAGAGUCUAGACAGCAUGAACUCUCCCCGGACUCCAACACCCCCAUCCAGUUCAUCACCAUUCGGGUGGCAAGCAUCAACCCUAGCGUUCCGCCCUUUGAUAUCAGGUUAAAUUCUACAGAAUAUGGUGAGCUGAAGGAGAAGCUCCGCGCCCCCAUCCGAAAUGCAGCCAACGUUGUGAUCCAUCAAACACUGAGCGAUUUGUUCCUGGAGACCUUCAGAUCUCUUGUAGAAGCCAAUAGUUUCUAUCAGUUGCCCAGUAAUCAGGAGUUGGAGCCCUGUAUCGGUUGCAUGCAGACCAGUGCCAACAUUAAGCUUGUCAAAAAUUGCCAUGAGCCCAACGAUGGGGAAUGCCAACAGUGUUACUGCCGACCCAUGUGGUGCCUUACUUGUAUGGGCAAAUGGUUUGCCAGUCGUCAGGACCAGCAGCAUCCAGAGACCUGGCUGUCCAGCCAAGUGCCUUGUCCUACUUGCCGAGCCAAAUUCUGUAUCGUGGAUGUGUGCAUCGUACGGUGAAUCUGCCUACCGUUUUAGAUUAAAACUAAAGACUUUUUCUUAAGGCUAAAGUGUUCUAAUAGUUUCCUAAACCUGGGAGAGCCCAAGCAGACCCGUGAUGUUUAGGUGGGUCCUGGGGCUCCAUCUAUGGCCACAUAGAGGUUGUAUUAUUCCACGUUAUGGAACCAGGCCAAAGCAGCAUUAUGGGUAUUCCAUUUUUUUUUGUUAGCAGUCACUGGGCGAUUCUUGGUGCCAUGUCCGCUAAAAGAAGAUGGUGGUGGUGGUGAUGAUGUCUAAAGUAAACCUACGUGUUACAUUUUUAUUCUGGGGUGAGCCCUCGAAUGUUGACGUCAGACACUCUCCAGUGGUGGGAUCUCAUUACAGGACCCCCAGCCUCUUUCUCUCUGUUUUUGCAACCAGGACACAAACAUAGUACUGGAUGUCCGAGGGGCUAAAACUUGAUUUCCAACAUUGAGAUCUCACCACUGGAGACUUUUAGAAAUGUGGGAAAGCAGUAACUGAUUGAAAAGACUUAAGUCGUGCCUUCGUUUUAGGUGGACGUUAACUUUUUAGACGGGAUCUUCCAGUACAUUUGCAUAAUGUGGUAUUCGAAUUUCUUCAUUGCAUUGUUGAGAUGUCUGCCCUGAAGGUAACAACUAGUUUCUCUUAUGUGAUUGCAGCUCUCUAGAAAGGCAGAGUUGACUGGCAACUUUUUUCUUUUUUUACAUUGAAACUUUUUUUAAUACUUUUUCCAUACAAGUACAUGUUACAGCAGGCACAUACCGGGAAUAUGAAAUGCUGGGGUAACAAACGCUUUACCCGCACAACAACUUGUGUUAAGUUGUUAA